GUUGAUGCGGACCCUACGGUAGCAGCUCUAUUCAACCUCCCCGCCAACCACCAACUGGAGACGACCCAGACAAAACCCCGAGCCCAAGACCAACCAUGGCUUCCUCUCCAAUCUCCCUCGCCCUGCUGCUGGCGUUCCUCCUCGGAACCGUCCUGGCCCUGGAAGUGACGCCCGGUUCGUCAUGCGCCACUUUCUGCCUCGACGAGGUAUCAGGCAAUGGUUUCGACCCCAAGGCGUCCACCACCAACACCUCCGACAUCACCUGUAAAGACUCCGACUUCUCCAAGCAGGCCGUUGGCAUCAAGUUUCAGAACUGCCUGGAAUGCCUCCAAAAGAGCGAGAAGGUCAAUGGAACCGAGUCCGACCUCCAUUGGUAUCUUUACAACUUGCGAUACACCAUCAGCACCUGUCUCUUCUCCAUCCCCGCCGCACCAUCAUUCGAGAUUGAUUCGCCUUGUGUUAUUGAUUACGGGUGCCAGCCGUUCAGAGAAUCAUUGACCUUUGACAACCUCAACUCGACAUCGAACGAGACCUACGGCUACUGCGAGGCAGACGAUGGCGUAUUCAUGGGAUCUAAGCUCAAGGGAUGCAUCAGCUGUCUCCAGUCCAGCGGCAACCAAGUGUAUCUAUCUAACUUCAUGAUCGCCCUUGAAGCCGGAUGUGAGCAAAAGCCCGACCCUGGUAGCCGACUUUACCUCAGCGGCACCGUCUUCACCACCACCGCCGUCAACAUCACGACUGCUGGCGAAGACAUCCUCGACAAGCCCGAGGGUGCGAGCUCAUCUAGCAUGACGACCGGCACCAUCGUCGGCAUUGCCGUCGGCACCGCGCUGUUCUUCUUCAGCGCCGUCUCCCUCUUCUACGUCUACUGGCGGAAACAGAGGCAAGCCAAGAGAGACGAGAAGGCUUCCUAUCACGGCAGCAACACCGCCACCCCGGACCCCUUCCUGCCCCCCGACGCCCGGGGCAUGUCGGCCUCACUUCGCUCCUACAGCGCCCAGAGCCACUACGACAAGGGCGGCCGGAUGACGGCCGGCGACUACUACGACCGCAUGGACCAGGAACGUAACGGCGGCAGACUCAACUACAACUUCGACCCCCGAUCGUCAAGUCGGGGACCCAACACUGCGCUUCCUACCCACACGGCAUAUAAACCCAGCGCCAUCUCCCGGGCUGCCCAGAUGGAAAGCAACCCUUCUGUCCCGCCACCCACCCACGAGCGCACCGAUUCCAAGACGGCGAACUCUUACGCCCUCCAAACCUACAUUAAUACCAACGACGACGCGGCUACAGUCGCAGCCGCCGCGGCCGCCGGCCAUCCUGCUCCCCCGCCAUACACUGGCGGUCCCGUAAACGGCCCCUCAGCAGCCGUCCCACCACCACCGCCGGGCCCUCCUCCGUCCAAGCAACCCAAACAUUCAAAAGUCCCCUCAUUGACUAUGCCCUCCGUCCCCAGAAUACGGAUGCCGAAGAAGUACAUGCCGCCGACGGUCGUGGUAUCGGCCGCGUCUCCAACCGAUGAGUUCGCCCCGAUCAUGAACAUUUCUCAGCCGGUCAUGGGCGACGAUGCGAGGUUCCACGACGCACCCCUCGCAGGUGGUGUCAUUUAUGCCGAUAACGCACCAGAGCGCACGGGACAGGAUCUCGGCGAGGUGCCUCUAAGAACCGGCAAGAGCACACUUUAUGGAAUUUGAUUUGAGACGAUACGGCGCGAGUUUGGGAUGGCAAAUGUCAAAUGAAACGGAGUUUCAAGGAAAGCAAUGGUCCACAGUCCAGGAUCAACGGGAUUGAGC